UUAGAUUUUCGCGCACGCAUUUGGUUACCAAUAUCGCCCUCCGGGCGCGAUCUUCAUAGUCCAUGAAGCUGAAGCAUGACAGGACCACAACAUUCAAGAGCGAGCAGAAACACAGUUGGUACCGCGCCGGGGCAUGUCCCGUACUGCACGACUUGCGACUCUAACAAAUUGCGCAGGAGAGUCUCUGUAGAAGUGGCCGCGAUUAGAACGAAAUCAAAAUAGACAGAACAGCUUUCUCAAGCAGGAAAGAACGAGGUGAAGGUGAGCAAGUAGAUCGUGAGACAACUGUGUAGCAUCAACAUGCCCCACCGUCUUGGGCACGAGUUGUACCAUCACGGCCGUGGUGCAUGGAAAACUACUAGCGUACAAAAUUCAACAUGUGAAAGCUUUCACUCUUCAAUAGCUACGGUUGUGCAGGUUCGGAUAAAAUCAAAAUCUGCUGAGAGCAAAAUAUUAUGGCUUCAUCUAAUUCCUCUACCCCCACCUCAUCUUCCGCAGCCCGCCCCCGAGCUUCGACCCGCGUGAGCCUAAACAGCGCAUCCCCUCCUGACGCGGCUACCUCCAGCAUGUCCUCCACCCUUGUAAUCGGGGGCAUCGAGGAGCGCACCCGCGUACUACGGGGAAAAGUUCAAGAAUAAGAAUUUUUGCAAAAAUAGCUAGGCGGGUUCGACGAGGGCGCAGAAGCAGAUGACGAAAUGAAUUCCGCACUGCAGGUCGGCGAGGUACAUCUCCAGCGGGAAAACCGCGGAGGGCGGCUCGUGAGGGUGGCCCAGGAGCAUCGCGCGCGCCCGCUUUCGGAUCGGUCUGAAGGAGGCACUCCUUACAAACAUGCGGCAGCCUCAAUACUCGCGCCCCUUUUUGCUUAUAGGUCGUGAUUAGCAUGAAAAUAGGCCAUUGCCAAUCGGUGCUGAGUUUUCAAGAAUGGACAGGGUGGGGGGUUCCGAAGAGGGUCCGGAAGCGGCAAAUUGGCGCCCCCCCUCUGAGCCCCCAAAUCGGCACCAUGGCGUGGGUGCUGAGUUUUCAAGAAUAGAAAGAUCGACCCCCCUGAAGACCCCCCAGCGAAAGCCCCCGCGGAGGCCCCUCGCUGAGAUUUUUUGGCCCUCCGAAAGAGCCACAAAAUUGGGCUCCGGCUCCCUUUGGGUUCCCCGGCCAACAAAAGCAUCGGGCGAGGGCGGGGCCGGGGUGGUGGCCGGGCCGUAGAAGCGCCGGGCCGCAGCCUGGGGGUGGGGCCGCAGCCGGCCUUUUGUAGUUUCCUCUUUUUCUUCCGUGUGUGGCAUUUGUCUUGUACCUACUGCAAAAAAACUACAACAACACGACCCAGCACAUAAGUACCGUCGCUGGGCCCCCUAGUCAAUUUUUGCUCGGAUUCCUAUUCUUGAACUUUUCCCCUUAGUACCGCGGCCGCCACACCGAGCGGCUGAUCAAGUCCGCCAAAUUGCUUUUGAAAGUUGCGUCUAUUGCAAAAUUUCUGAAUGUGUUUUGAAAGUUGCGUCUAUUGCAAAUAGUGAUCAAAAGCACAGCUGACUGGCAUCGAGUGCUGGUGCAUAGGUCACUGUGCUGACACUGACACACAAAACAGAGAGAGAGAGGAAACAAGCCGCUUAGUGCUUGUAUUGUGCAGAAAUAUUAAAGUUGAUGUUCAUUGCGAAUGAAUUU